UUUAGACAAGUAUUAAAAGCUUGAAAGAAUAACGUGUUCUAUUGGAGCAUAUGUCCCUGUGAUCAAGGAGGAGAUUCAAGGUAUGGAUGAAUUCCAUACCAGAUUAUAUAUAGGCAAAUUCAUUGUUUAUGCUUUGACAUCGAUGGCAGCGUAUUGUACUUAUGCUGACUUCUGUGUAUGAAAAAUGAAUUGUAGCACUUGACGCCCUUUAUCAUAUCCAUAGUCGUUUCAGUAGGAGAAGUGGAAAACAUGGAAGAUAAAACAGUCUUAAAAUCAAGAAGAUUAAAGAGAAAGAGUGAGGUAAUACUUUCAGAUUUUACCUGUGCUGAGAUUUUUGGACACAAAGUGGUUGUUUACCCGAUCUCAUGCCGUGUAGGCUUAAUUGUGAAUUGUAGAUUAACUCAGGGGGCUAUGGAAAUAACAAAAAGAAAAUAUCAAAUAUUUUUAUAAUCGCCCUAAAAAAGUUGACUACAAUGCUGAAGCAUAUUUACGGUGUAAUUUUGAGUUUUAUAUAAACAAGAGACAAAUAAAUAAAAAAAUUGCAGAACUGUGCUCUCCUCACAUUAUUCUUUAUUUUAGGAGGACUUAAUAACCAGUGGCAGCCACAAGGAAAAUUCGCAAGACCAUGACAGGUAACAGAACUAGUGAUGGAAACAGUUUGGCAUAACUCAAAAAUGAUUUGAAACACUUGCAUUAUAUUUCCUUUGGGUGUAAUUAUAAAUGACUGGAAAGAUAUGCAAAACAUUUAUGUGAACGGCAGAUUUAGAAAUGAAUAUGAAAGCGAUUUUCACAGUAAUGAACACUACUUAAGAAGUAGUGAAAAUAAGGCCUGAAAAAAAAAUUUGGAGUGUAAUCAUCAUCAGUAGCCGAGUUGAUGUAAACUUAAAUAAUUGAGAGACAAAUUGAUCCUUGCAUUCAAACUACAAUCAGAGAAAUUUCAGAAAGAAACCUUGAGAAAAAAAUUUUGGCUCUUUUGAAUUGACCUGCACUGGUGAAGUUAAAUAAUUAUUUGAGAAUUAUAGAAAGUAAAAGCUGAUCAGGUAUUUAAUUUUUUUUCUUUUUUCAUUUUUUGUGAAGGGCAAGACUGAGCUCCAAAAUGAGAAAGAUUAAUCCUUCAAGUGAUGAUAAGCAACGUGGAGCAGAAAGCAUGGCCAAAGGCAACAUGAAGGAAAAUUCUCUUGUCUCUUUGUGGGAGUCACCUAAAUAUAUUCUAACAAAAGUUCGCAGAAGAAGUAAAGACAAGAAAAAGCCUAUGGUACCUCCUCUGGGAAGCUUUAAUGAAAACACAGAAUUUACAGAUUCUGCUACUGGAUUUAUACUUUCUCCUCGAGCUGAGAAACCUUACCAGUGUCACUUGUGUAUUAAACAAUUCAAGUAUUUUAGUAAUUUGAAAUCCCACAUGAACAUAGUGCACAAGAAAACAAUUGCACAAUCUAAUAUUGAUAGCAAGACACCACAUCAUGCAAAUGGACAAUUAUUUCAGUGUGAAGUUUGCUUCAGGAACUUUAAGUAUUUCAGCAACUUGAGAACACAUAGGCUUGUUCACACAACUACAGAAAUAAAUGAUGCUGUCUCUGACUAAAAAAUCUGUGUCAUUUUUCAACUUAUCACAAAUGUUAUUUAUUUUAUAAACUGUUGUUAGUUUAAUGUGUUAUAUUUCUGUACCUCUGCAGAGACAACUUUGCACAAAAGUGGUUGUACAUGUUUAGUACACUUGUACAUACAUACUAUCUUUCAUCCCUAGUUAAAAUCUCAUUUUCCUUGUCAUUCAUAAAUCAUGUGUCACUGUAACUGUAGAAAUUCUUGUGCACACAUUUUAUUUUAAAGAGCCACUUUUAGUAGAAUUACCAACACUGUUUCAAAAUCUGGCCUGGACCUCUGCUAAGAUGAAAUGUCAGAUGGAAACUUGCAAGGCAAAUACAAGAAACUCUGAUCA